UAAUCAUAGACCUCAAUCCAAACAACUUCACUUACCCACACACCAUUGAUCUACCCAUGCGGGUAGGUAGAAGCUGAUAGACAAAACUCAAUCCGUGGGGACUUCACCAAGACCACUCAACUUCUGACGUUGCUCCAACCUUAGUUUUUCGGUGAUGGCGGCGGCGUCUCUUGCUACUCAACUCUCCUGCCCCACCACUCUUAUUCGUCGAUCUAUUCCCGCUCUGGUCACUCUCUCAGCUACUCAAUCGUUCAACGCCGCCGACUCUCAUGUCCACCUCUCGCAUUCUAGUAAAGGCUCCCGAUCCGUCGUAGCCAUGGCCGGCUCUGGAAAGUUUUUUGUUGGCGGGAAUUGGAAAUGUAACGGAACAAAGGAGUCCAUAACCAAGCUAAUCUCUGACCUGAACAACUCAAAGCUAGAGCCUGAUGUCGAUGUUGUGGUGGCGCCUCCUUUUCUGUAUAUUGAGCAAGUAAAGAGCAAUUUAACUGAUCGGAUUGAGAUUUCUGCUCAAAACUGUUGGAUUGGAAAGGGUGGAGCUUUUACAGGAGAAAUCAGUGCUGAGCAAUUGAAAGAUAUUGGAUGCAAUUGGGUCAUUCUUGGUCAUUCCGAGAGGAGACAUAUAAUUGGAGAAAAAGAUGAAUUUAUAGGAAAGAAGGCUGCUUACGCAUUGGGCCUGGGUAUUGGAGUUAUAGCCUGCAUUGGGGAACUUCUAGAAGAAAGAGAGGCAGGAAACACCUUUGAUGUUUGUUUCCAACAAUUGAAGGCUUUUGCAGACGCUUUACCAAGUUGGGAUAAUGUUGUCAUUGCGUACGAGCCUGUAUGGGCAAUUGGAACUGGCAAAGUGGCCACACCUGAGCAGGCUCAGGAAGUGCAUGCAGCUAUUCGUGAUUGGCUUAGUAAGAAUGUUUCACCAGAAGUUGCUUCAAAAACACGUAUCAUCUAUGGAGGUUCUGUGAAUGGAAGCAACAGUUCCGAACUUGCAAAGAAAGAUGACAUUGAUGGAUUUCUAGUAGGAGGCGCGUCCCUAAAGGGUCCCGAGUUUGCAUCCAUUGUUAACUCUGUUACUUCCAAAAAGGUGACUGCUUGAUUAUUGUUACUCGAUUUGGUUUUGGUUGUACGAUAGCAAAUAAAUGGCCUGGAGAAAUUUUUAUAGAACUAUUCAUGUGUCAUAAACUUGAAAAAGGCUUUACGGCCGGAGUGUGAUGGCAUGUAAUUGCUCUGUUGUGUAUUGCACUAUUGUAUCAUGUGAUGCUUUUGUUUACCGACACACCGGAGAAGAGAUUAGGCCCGGGGCGUGAGUUUGGAGCAGGAAAUGAAAAGUUUUAGAGGUUGUUAGAUUCUAAAGUAAAGUGUUAUGACUUUUGUUCGUUAGCCGCCUUUUAAUUCAUGGUUGAUAUCUUUGUUUUUGGUGUUUAAAUAUCAUUUUAUAAUUAAGAGUCCGUUUAGUGAUCCGGUUUUUCAGCUUAUUAGCCAACCUUUUCAUCCAAUACGUAAUUUUUUAUUUCGCACGCUGAAUUGUUUAUUAAUAAGAAAAAAUAUGGUUGAAGUUACUUUUCUGGUUGUAUUGAUUGAAAUAAUUGUAGAAG